GGCGCUAGUGGGCGCACGUCGAUGACGUAUUUGUGAAGCGACGGCGGAGCUGUUUGUAGAACAGCUUGUGUUUAUCACACGCCCAGCACGUCCUAAAGUCACAGACACAGAUCUUCAUCAAGUGGUGAAUAAUGCACGGACGGGUGAAGAUCAAGUCGACCGCGCAGCAGGAGGAGGAGAAGAGGAAGGAGAGAGAGAAGAAGUUGAAAGCGUUUGUGUCUGCUCGCGAUGCCGUCUUGAAAAAGAGGAGUGCUGGGGAACAUGACGAGGAGGCUCUGCAGUUGACUCAGCAGCUCCUGUCCUCAAACCCGGACUUUGCCACGCUGUGGAACUACAGGAGAGAGGUGCUCUUACACCUGGAGACCUUACGAGAGAAGGACGAGGUGCAGAAGCUGUAUGAGUCUGAGCUGCACUUCAUCGAGGCCUGUCUGAAAGUGAACCCCAAAUCUUACGGCUGCUGGCACCACCGCAGCUGGGUAAACACGCGCCUGCCGCAGCCUGACUGGACACGGGAGCUCGGCCUCUGCGACCGCUGCCUCAGCCUCGACGAGCGCAACUUCCACUGUUGGGAUUACCGGCGCGUGGUGGUAAAGGAGUCUGGUGUUUCUGUCAAGCAGGAGCUGCAGUUCACAGAUCGUCUGAUCGGCUCCAAUUUCUCCAACUACUCCAGCUGGCAUUACAGGAGCACGCUGCUACCUCAGCUCCACCCACAGCCUGCCCCUGACCCCGCCCCCAACACAAGCCCCUCUCCCACCGCAUCACCUCAAAUUCACUCACACAGAGUCUGUGAGGAGCAGCUUCUUAAAGAAUAUGAGCUGGCGCAUAAUGCCUUCUUCACCGACCCCAACGACCAGAGCGCCUGGUUCUACUACCGCUGGCUGCUGGGCAGAUCGGAGCGAGAGGAGAUGAUCAGUUGUGUGUAUGUCAGCCGGGAGAGACAGAGGGUGUCUGUCGCCUUCUCCAAAACUGUUCAUUCAGAGGGUCUGAUGUUGGUGUUGGAUGGGCAGCCUCAGCAGGUGCAGUGGAGAAGCGCCCACCCGCGUUUCCGUCACAGUCCUGUCUGGCUGUGUGAUCUUCCUCCCGGCUCCGUCAGUGAUAUAAGUAAUGAACACAACCUGACCGUCCACUGGACAGAGAAACACACACACAGAGACUGUGCUCUCUACACAGGCUCAGCUGAAAGCUGGUGCAGAGACUCUGCCACCGAUCAGGAGCUCUUCAGGAGUGAGCUGUCGGUUGAGAAGAGUUCAGUGUUACAGGCAGAGCUUCAGUCCUGCAAUCAGCUGCUAGAGCUCGAACCGCAGAACAAAUGGUGUCUGCUUACAAUCAUACUCCUCAUGAGAGCUCUGGAUCCUCUAGGCCAUGAGAAAGAGACACUGGCACAUUUUCAAACCCUUAAAGAAGUGGACCCGAUGCGCUCUACCUACUACAGUGACCUGUGCAGCAAGUUUCUGAUUGAAAACACCAUUCUGAAAAUGGAGUAUGCAGAGGUGCGAGUGUUUAGCCUGUCAAAUAAGAACCUAACGACCCUGUGUCACCUUGAUCAACUUCUCUUGGUGACCCAUACCCUACCCCUUACCCUUACCUUCCCUACCUUACCCAUACCCUUCCCUAUCCUCCAAUGCCUCUGUCAACACACACAGGUGCUGGAGGCCGAUGAUAAUGCUAUUGAAAGUCUGGAAGGACUGUAUCAUCUGCCUAAACUAGAGGAAGUUUCUCUGAGGAACAACCAAAUCUGUAAGCUGUCUGAUCUUGAAUCAUUGGCGUCCUGCACCAAACUGACCAGACUGGACCUGUGUGGAAACCCUGUCCACAAAACUGCCAACAUAGAGGCUGAGCUGAGCCAGCUCCUGCCACUGGUUACUGCUCUGUCCCUUUGAUGUGCAGCAUUAGCUGCUCUGUGUGUGUGUGUGUGUGUAAUGCAGUAGAGGCUAAUUAGAGCUCACUAACCAUUUCUAAACUGUACCUCAUGUACUGGACCUAAAGGGAUAGUUCAUCCAAAAAUAAAACGUCAGUCAUUUAUCUGUAUUUUGGUAGGCUGAAUGAUAUUUUGAUGAAUGUUCAUGCUGCUCGUUUCCAUGCAAUAACAGUCCUAAUGUAAUGCAAAUGAAAUAAGAGGGGAAUAUUUUCAGUGCUGUUAUUAGAUGUGCUUAACUGUCAAAAAAAGAAAAAAACAGGUUUGGAAAGACUUUUUUUUUUUAUUUUAUUUUUGGCUCAACUGUGCCUUUAAAAACAUUCAGCAUCUUGUCUGUAUGUUUGUGUUUGUGUGAUAAAUGACGGUUCACAUUUCAAAUAAAGAUUGACCUAUACAAACUCCACACUGCAUGCUGAUAGAGAGAGAUAUGUUUUGCCACGUCUGCUUUUAGCUCUUGAAGUCCUGAGGGUCCUGUUUUGGGCAGAGAUGUUGUUCUUGCAAUGUAUCAGUGAAGAUGCAAAUAUUCGGCUAUGAGUUUCUUGUACUGUAUGAAUUAGACUUUUUUUUUUUUAGCUCUGCAAAAGUCAAGCAUUUGUGGUGUGAAAGCUGCAGGUAUGAGUCUCCAUGUCAAUAAAGAAACAUGUUUCUUC